GGGGAAUUGAUACGUAAUGUAUGGUACCGCCAUGACCUGCGGGCGCCUUUAUCAGUACCUGCGAGGUAUUCUCACUCCCGGCAGUUCCUGAGGCCCCGCUCCCUUUUACAAUAAGUGCCAAUGCUGAAGAGUCAGAAGGACUUCACGGGAAAUGAUGACGACAACGAGCUGAGGUAGGUGGACGAGACAAGGAUUGCGAAACCCCCUUGGAAUCAGAUUUUAGCUCUGAAUGCCAGCAGCCCUCUGUAGUCCUUCAUCAACACUCCAGGCCAUUCCCCGGUGCCCCAGCCAAUCACCCCUGUCGGAGAUCUGUAGGCUUGUAGCAUUCCCUCCGCGUGUGGCAAACCCCUCGCUCAAAGCAAUCUCAAUCGCACACAAAUUCUGCCUGUCUGCCUGUCUGCCAAUCUGCCAGGCGACUCCCCUUGCGCGCGUGUUCCAGACGGCCCUUUCCUUGACGCCAGUUCCUGCCCCGGGUCCAACUUCAAACUCUCUUUCCAGUUUCACGGUUUCACCCAGCACUGUCGGCAUUGCAAGCUUGGAUCGAGCUUCUGGAAUCGCGCCCCCCAUCCCCCCCCCGAGGCCUUAUCGUCGUCCGCAUUAAGCUAACUGGAUCCCCACCCGGUUUUCUAGGCUUUCCGAGCAAUUCGUACCCCUCGAUUCCCUUUUCGUCCCGUCUUUUUACCUUCCGGUCAGCCCUCGGGCUUUAUUC